UCAAUGGCUUCAGUUGAUAUCACUGGAUGCAUUGAUUAUGCGUUACUUCAAACUGAUAAAGGGCACGAUUCUCAAUCAUCGGCACUUCUGCUCGUCAUGUCGUCACUAGUCUUCAGUACUCAAUCAGCUCUCUAACACAGUGGAUGAUUGAUUCUGCGUCCCAUACAGCUGCUUGGAUUCACGUGUUGCACGCCAGUUGUAGUUGUUAGUGUGUUGCGUAGAUGAUAGUGCCGAAGUCGAGCUGAAACCCACAGGGCAGUUGCUGCAACAAAACAAGCAAUUCGCUACGAACAGUUUGUUGUAUUUGCGUUGUUUUGACUGACAAUCCGACGACGAAUGUUGAGAACUGAGAAUGCAGCUGGGAAAUUUGAUAUUGACCGUAUUGGACCCGUUUCAAAUCAUCCGUAAGUACCUGCUGAAACCGUUGGCCGUGACCGGAAUUGCUUACGCCGAGGAGUACAAACGAAAGACCAAUGCCGGAGUGCAGUCGACGAAAAGCAUACUGCUGAAGCUGAUUGCCGCAGUGGUGGUUGGAUUCUCCAUCGUGUGGGCUUCGAUUUUCAUGUAUGCUUACUUCUACUACUCAUACAUGCCAACCGUGUCGCACGUCAAAGAUGUGUAUCUCAACUACAGAGACUGCCUUCCCGAGCAAAAGUGCCUCGGCUAUCCUUCAGACAAAGUGGUCUUAACUAAUAAACAACAGUUCCUGAUGGUAGGACAAGCCUACAAAGUAACACUUUACCUUGAAAUGCCAGAAUCAGUUCAAAAUGACAAAAUAGGGAUGUUCACCGUUUGUGCAACCAUGCUGGAUAACGAGGCCAGCGAGCAUUCCACCAAAUCCUGUCGUCUUUCGAUGAUCCACUUCAAAUCUAGUCUACUGAAAAUGAUUACCACGGUAGUGUUGGCACCAUUCUUCGUCCUGGGCUAUCGAGAGGAGAAACAAACCGUGGCCAUCGAUUUGUUCACCCAUUUCGAGGACAGUCAAGCGCAUCCGGUAACCAGCGUCGAUAUUUCCGUCCUCUCGAGGGACAUCCAGUUCUACUCCGCGCAGCUUCACAUCACUGCCAACUUCUCCGGACUGCGGUAUUUGAUGUUCAACUGGCCGAUUAUUUCUGCUGUUAUAGGAAUCCUUACCAACUUGUUUUUCAUCCUGAUUAUUUGCGUGCUGAGCUGGUACCACUGGGACGACAAGGAAUGGAUAGUUGAAAUAAAGGAUCGAUAUCAUCAAAUCCUGAGUACUCCCACCAAAAUCAUCGCAAAAUCUCUAGCAGAACCCGCAUCAGUGUUGCUAAAGGAAGAAAAAGAAGAAAAAGAAAAGGAAGAAGAAGAUGAACUAACAACAGAUGAUAUCGAAGAGGUGUCCAGCUUCAAAGAUGAUUUGGGACUGACAUCGUAGGAUUGUAAAUAGAUCGGGUUAUACUUAAUUGGUGAUAUGAGUGUUAUUGUCGCUUAUUUAAUAAUCAACAUGCAAAUAUUUAAAACGGUUUUAACAAAAAGCAAAAUAAAUAAGCGCUGUUGCUAUCUUUCUUUAAAAAUG